AUGGUUUUUGUAAAGGCCGUGAAUGUUGCAGGCGCAGGACCUUUCAGUGAAGUAGUUGUAUGCAUGACACCAGCCUCUGUACCUGCAGUUGUGACCUGUCUUCAGGGAAGAAGUGAAGAUGAAGUGGAGAGUCCACACUAUUCACCUUCCACAUGCUUUGCCAUGAGCUGGGAAAAGCCCUGUGACCAUGGUUCUGAAAUCCUUGGCUACAGCAUAGACUAUGGAGAAAAGCAGCCUGUAACUGUUGGGAAGGUUUCAAGCUAUUUCAUAGACAAUUUGCAGCCAGACACAACAUACAGAAUACGAAUUCAAGCCCUAAAUAGUCUUGGAGCAGGUCCUUUCAGCCACACAAUAAAACUGAAAACAAAGCCACUCCCUCCUGAUCCGCCUCGCCUGGAAUGUGCUGUAUACAGUUCUCAGACUCUCAAGCUAAAAUGGGGAGAGGGAACUUCAAAAGCAUUAACUGACUCCAUUCAGUAUCACCUUCAAAUGGAAGAUAAGAAUGGAAGAUUUAUAUCCUUAUACAGAGGACCAUGUCAUACAUACAAAGUACAAAGACUCAUUGAGUCAACAUCCUACAAACUUUGUAUUCAGGCUUGUAAUGAAGCUGAUGAAGGUCCACUUUCUCAAGAGUACAUUUUCACGACUCCCAAAUCUGUUCCAGCUGCCUUGAAAGCGCCAAGAAUAGAGAGAGUAAAUGAUCACACUUGUGAAAUCACAUGGGAGGUUUUGCAACCAAUGAAAGGUGAUCCAAUUAUUUAUAGUCUUCAGGUCAUGGCGGGAAAAGACUCAGAAUUCAAACAGAUUUAUAAAGGGCCUGACUGGUCAUUCCGGUAUUCAGGCCUCCAGCUGAACUGUGAAUAUCGUUUUCGUGUGUGUGCCAUUCGACAGUGCCAAGAAACAGUAGGUCAUCAGGACCUCAUAGGCCCCUACAGUACCACAGUACUAUUCAUCUCUCAGAGAACUGAACCACCAACCAGCCCCAACAAAGACACUGUGGAAAUCUCAAGGACACAACAGACACUAAGUGAUGAACAGUGUGCUGCUGUCAUCCUUGUGCUCUUUGCUACCUUUUCCAUUCUGAUUGCCUUUAUCAUUCAGUACUUUGUAAUAAAGUGA